ACAAAUGUUAUAAAAGAGCGUUAUCAUAUCUAUCUUUAAACUCGAUCAUAUUCACAUUUUGGAUAUUUACACACACUCACAUGGCGCCCAUGGUUAUGGACCGUCUCUGUUUCGUAUUACCGACAGAAUCAGGCGAGUUAAAGCCACCGCCGGUUAAGUCUCCGGCGAUGGUUGACGAAGAGACCAGUAAAGAAGAAGAUGAGGAGAAGAAGAGGAGUCGUGACUGUGGACGUCAAGUCGUGACUUUGAUCGGAGAUUUAUUCCGGCGGUUACACAGCUCAAAACUAGUGAAGAGUUUGAAUCUUUGUAGUGUCAACGAGAGUAAAGAUUUGAGUUCAAUGGAGAUUAAUAAAUCUUUCACUGACAUGGAAGGUGUUCAGCUCUCCAGCAAAGUCGGCUGCGAGAAUCCAAGAAUCUUUGGUUACUCCGAGCUUUACAUCGGAACUAAUGGGUUCAGCGACGAGUUGAUCCUCGGAAGCGGCGGUUUCGGACGUGUUUAUAAAGCGGUGUUACCGAGCGACGGAACCACGGUGGCUGUUAAAUGCUUGGCGGAGAAGAAAGGAGAGCAAUUCGAGAAAACGUUCGCGGCGGAGCUUGUUGCUGUGGCUCAGCUCCGGCAUCGGAAUCUUGUGAAACUGAGAGGCUGGUGUCUGAACGAAGACGAGCUGCUUCUUGUUUACGAUUACAUGCCUAACCGGAGCUUAGAUCGUGUGCUUUUCCGACGGCCGGAGAUGAACUCUGCUUUUAAACCGUUGGAUUGGGACCGGAGGGGUAAAAUCGUCAGGGGACUCGCCGCCGCGUUGUACUACCUCCACGAGCAGUUAGAGACUCAGAUUAUUCACAGAGAUGUGAAGACGAGCAACGUUAUGUUGGACUCUGAGUUCAACGCUAAACUCGGAGACUUCGGGUUAGCUCGGUGGCUAGAACACAAGGUUGAUGAAACAGAGCAUGAUUCGAGUUACGACUCUGUUUCUUCCUUCCGUAACCACCAGUUCCGAGUCGCGGAUUCCACUCGGAUCGGCGGUACGAUCGGCUACUUACCGCCGGAGAGUUUCCGGAAAAAAACCGUCGCCACCGCUAAAAGCGAUGUUUUCAGCUUCGGUGUUGUUGUUCUAGAGAUUGUUUCCGGUAGACGUGCCGUUGAUCUUUCCUUCUCGGAGGACAAAAUCAUUUUGCUUGACUGGGUUCGGAGAUUAUCCGAUAACCGGAAAGUACUCGACGCCGGAGAUUCUCGGUUACCAAAAGGGUCUUAUGAUCACUCCGACAUGAAGAGGAUGAUUCAUCUUGCUCUGCUCUGUUCGUUAAACAACCCAACGCAUCGUCCCAAUAUGAAAUGGGUGAUCGGAGCACUUUCCGGCGAAUUUUCCGGUAGCUUACCGGCGUUACCUUCGUUCAAGAGUCAUCCUCUUUAUAUUCCUUUAUCUUCUCUCAAAUCAACCUCAACUUCGGGGACCACGACGACCACCAGAACAACGACGACGACCACCUCAACAACUAGCUUCAACGCGUCUUCGGAGUCAACAACACCGUCGUCAAAUUACGUUACUGCCCUCGAUGAUUCCAUUUACCAGACGGCGGAGGCAGGAGAGAACCGGUAUUUUAAUUACAACAGCCGGCGAGUGAUGUCCUCUAAAGCUUUCGUAUUGGACACGCCAAGGGAGAUCUCAUACAAUGACAUCGUUUUAGCCACUGAUAAUUUCUCCGACGCUCGUCGCGUUGCUGAGGUUGAUUUCGGUACGGCUUAUUACGGUUUACUGAACCAGGAUCAGCAUAUUGUGGUGAAACGUCUCGGUAUGACUAAAUGUCCGGCGCUUGUGACUCGGUUCUCCACCGAGCUACUUAACCUAGGCAGGCUUCGACAUCGUAACCUUGUUAUGCUACGUGGCUGGUGCACUGAACAUGGAGAAAUGCUUGUUGUAUAUGAUUAUUCCGCAAAUCGUAAGCUAAGCCAUCUUCUUUUCCAUAACCACAAACCAGGAAACUCUGGUUUACGAUGGAAAAUUAGGUACAACGUGAUUAAAUCGCUUGCUUGCGCUGUACGAUACCUCCAUGAAGAAUGGGAUGAACAAGUUGUUCACCGAAACAUAACUUCUUCAACAAUCUUUCUCGACAGAGAUAUGAAUCCGCGGCUCUGCGGAUUUGCAUUGGCCGAGUUUUUAUCAAGAAACGACCAGGCUCACCAAGCUGCAAAAAAGAAAGGAUCAGCGCAAGGGAUUUUUGGUUAUAUGGCACCAGAGUACAUGGAAUCUGGCGAGGCGACAACCGCUGCAGAUGUAUACAGCUUCGGCAUGGUGGUGCUAGAGAUGGUUACGGGUCAGCCGGCAGUAGAUUACAAAAGAAAAAAAGAGGAUGCUCUUUUGGUGUUGAGAAUCCGCGAAGUGGUCAGUAACAGGAAAAAGCUAUUGGAAGAGAUUGCAGAUAUUCAUUUAGAUGAUGGGUACGAGAGGCAAGAAGUGGCUAGGGUAUUGCGGUUAGGGUUGGUUUGCACGAGAACUGAUCCAAAACUAAGACCUAGCAUUAGCCAAGUAGUGAGUAUCUUGGAUGGAAGUGAGAAGUUCUUCAAAGAGGAAGGAGGAAAGGAAGGUGAUGUGAGCCGCAAGCAAAUGUAUCAGUCGUCUAUGUUGAUGAUUAGACAAAUGCAGGCGCUUGGGAUUCAUUGAGUUAUGUAUAGGACAAGUGUUAGGAUGUAAUGUAAUCAUAUUUGCAAUACUAAGUAUCGUUCAUGCCUCUUCUAAAUUCUUUAUUUAGUAAAGUGAAGAAGUCUUUUUA